AUGGCUGCCCCCGCCAACAAGUUCAAGGUCGCCGACCUCUCUCUUGCUGCCUUCGGCCGCAAGGAGAUCGAGCUUGCCGAGAACGAGAUGCCCGGUCUCAUGCAGACCCGUGCCAAGUACGCCGCCGACCAGCCCCUCAAGGGCGCCCGCAUCGCCGGUUGCUUGCACAUGACCAUCCAGACUGCCGUCCUCAUCGAGACCUUGACUGCUCUCGGUGCCGAGGUCACCUGGACUUCCUGCAACAUCUUCUCCACCCAGGACCACGCCGCUGCUGCCAUUGCCGCCGCCGGUGUCCCCGUCUUCGCCUGGAAGGGCGAGACUGAGGAGGAGUACAACUGGUGCCUGGAGCAGCAGCUGACCGCCUUCAAGGACGGCCAGAAGCUCAACCUCAUCCUCGACGACGGUGGUGACCUGACCCACCUCGUCCACGACAAGUACCCUGAGAUGCUCAAGGGCUGCUACGGUGUCUCCGAGGAGACCACCACCGGUGUCCACCACCUCUACAAGAUGCUCAAGGACGGCAAGCUCCUUGUCCCCUCCAUCAACGUCAACGACUCCGUCACCAAGUCCAAGUUUGACAACUUGUACGGCUGCCGCGAGUCCCUCAUUGACGGCAUCAAGCGCGCUACCGAUGUCAUGGUUGCCGGCAAGAUCGCCGUCGUUGCUGGUUUCGGUGAUGUCGGCAAGGGCUGCGCCCAGGCCCUGCACACCAUGGGUGCCCGUGUUAUCGUCACCGAGAUUGACCCCAUCAACGCCCUCCAGGCCGCCAUGGCCGGCUACGAGGUUACCACCAUGGAGAAGGCCGCCUCCCGCGGCCAGAUCUUCGUCACCACCACUGGCUGCCGUGACAUCCUGACUGGCCAGCACUUCGAGGCCAUGCCCAACGACGCCAUUGUCUGCAACAUUGGCCACUUCGACAUCGAGAUCGACGUUGCGUGGCUCAAGGCCAACGCCCAGAGCGUCCAGAACAUCAAGCCCCAGGUCGACCGCUUCCUCAUGAAGAACGGCCGCCACAUCAUCCUCCUUGCCGAGGGUCGCCUGGUCAACCUUGGCUGUGCCACUGGCCACUCUUCCUUCGUCAUGUCCUGCUCCUUCACCAACCAGGUUCUUGCCCAGAUCAUGCUGUACAAGAACGGCGACGCCGCCUGGGGCCAGAAGUACGUCGAGUUCGCCAAGGCUGGCAAGCUCGACGUCGGUGUCUACGUCCUCCCCAAGGUCCUCGACGAGGAGGUCGCCAGACUCCACCUGGCCCACUGCAACGUUGAGCUCACCCAGCUCAGCAAGGUCCAGUCCGAGUACCUCAGCAUCGCCGUUGAGGGUCCCUACAAGAGCGACAUCUACCGCUACUAA